CUCCAUUCACAUCUAUAUUAAUACUUCCUAGUAUUAUGCUUACGUUACUAUUCAACGGAGAAUUUGGCAAUAUUACUAGAUCCAAGUAGCAGAUCAUUUGUAACCUCAUUGCAACUAAAGCACUGUUAAAGAAAUAUAAAAAGAAAAUUAGGGCGAUCGGCUUAACUACAUAGUACAUGGAAAUCUAAAACUUCAAAAUAGUGCUUUUGUGAUGGAUCAAAUAUUUACAAAAGUUACGGCCAGUGCUGCCACUUAUGCAACUGCGUACGCAAUUAGGACAGGAGUGAAUUGGGCAGGAUCGUUAGCAGCAAAGCGUCUCACAAAGUUUAUUCAACAGUCGGCUCCUGAAUCUUCCCAAUAUAAUUUAGACCUUGUGAAAUCAAGGCUUGAGCAAAAGAUUUUGGCUAUUACUCCGGCUGUCGAUUUAAUUGAACUCAUUGCUGCUCGCGGAAACUCGAGUUUACAAAAUCUUGUACCUCUCAUUCAACGACUUCGAGACCACAUUGAUGAAUUUUCAGAAUAUGUAAAUGAAAAGGAUUCACUCAGUCCAGAUGAAGAAAAUUUAGAAGAAGCAUCGAAAGACAUCUACACUAGCUGUGAAAGUUUACUAAAGGAAAUCGAACAGACCAUCCCCUUAAUUAAUCUUUCUCUUACAACUUCCGGUGUAACUUUGAGUUCAGCACUGAAAGAGUCGCUAUCUCCUUCUCGCCUGUUACAAGCUCAAGCUUUCUUGGAGUUAUCCGACAAACAAUUUGAGGAGACUCAGAAGGAUGUGCAGAUAGGUCCAAAAUUUGUUCUCACAUUAUAUAAUACCUUUCACCGUUCUAACCAAAGUGAUGGUCCCUCCGACGUUUCUUGGAAGGAGGAAUAUCCUAAAUGUUCGGUGUACGUAAAAAGAUUCGUUUCCGAAGAAAGAUUUCGGUAUGUAUUGAUUAUUGAAGAAGAUUUGAAUGAUGGGCGAUAUCAUGAAGAACUACUUGGUAAAGACUUAUCGAGCUCCAUAAGUGGAAACACCAUAGAAUAUCCAAUAAACUGUAUGUCCAUAUUGUGCUACACAGUUUCCGGAAAAUUGUUAGACAUACCUCAAUCAAGAUCGCCUGUUCUUGCGGUACAGUUAAUGCAGACGUUUCCUACAGACGAACCUUCUAGUACUUCGAUAUCGUCGACAGAAAGAGAUGUUUCUCUAGACAAUGGAUCUGAGGAUAAAUCAAAUAAAGAUUCUUUGAAAUCCCAGACAACAGAUUGGAUUGCAUUAGAAAGGUAUAUGGAUGUCUAUGAGGAAGCAUCUUCAGAUUCAGAAACCGAAUUAAAUUCGGAAUCUAGAUCAGCAAGUGAUUCGGAAGAAUAUUCCAAGAAAUUGAGCAAGGUUAAGUGCAAUACAACGAAAGAUACAAGGAACACAACUUCGAGCGAAGAAGAAAUCGUAAAUGCAAUGCAUUCUUUGAACAUUAAUCCUACAACUUCAAUUUAUCUAUCUAACCCGAAUUCUCUCUCUCUGUUGGAGUAUAUUCUGCGCUUAUGUGCUUUACAAGAAGUACAUCAAAAGUCGUGUUCUGAGAUGAGUGAUGAACAAUUAUCUGAUAUGUUAGUUAAUGCGUGGAGUAAUUAGUUUUAAAAACGGAAUAGAGCAUUCUAAAAUUUUUAAUACUCAAAGAUAAUCUACAAACUCUAAGCAGAAUAAUAGAUUGUCUAGGAUAUCUCCAUAACAUUGAUGACCUUAUUCCCAU